AUGGUGAACCCGACCGUGUUCUUCGACAUCGCCGUCGAUGGCGAGCCCUUGGGCCGCGUCUCCUUCGAGCUGUUUGCAGACAAAGUUCCAAAGACAGCAGAGAACUUCCGUGCACUGACAACUGGGGAGAAAGGAUUUGGUUAUAAAGGUUCUUGCUUUCACAGAAUUAUUCCGGGAUUUAUGUGCCAGGGUGGUGACUUCACACGCCAUAAUGGCACAGGCGGCAAGUCCAUCUACGGGGAGAAGUUUGCGGACGAGAACUUCAUCCUGAAACACACAGGCCCUGGCAUCCUAUCCAUGGCAAAUGCUGGGCCCAAUACAAACGGCUCCCAGUUUUUCAUCUGCACUGCCAAGACCGAAUGGUUGGAUGGCAAGCAUGUGGUCUUCGGCCAGGUGAAAGAAGGCAUGGAUAUUGUGACGGCCAUGGAGCGCUUUGGGUCCAGGAAUGGCAAGACCAGCAAGAAGAUCACCAUUGCUGACUGUGGGCAACUCUAA